GUGUGUGGGCGGCGGGGCCAAGAUGGCGGCAGAGAUGGAGGAGAAGGGGUUCGAGCACAUGGGGCUGGACGGGCGGCUGCUGAGGGCGGUGGCAGAGCUGGGCUGGGCAGUGCCCACGGCCAUCCAGGCCCGCGCCAUCCCGCUGGCCAUGGAGGGCCGCGACCUGCUGGCCCGGGCCAGGACGGGCUCGGGGAAAACCGGAGCGUACGGGCUGCCCCUGCUGCACAAGCUGCUGGGCAUCAAGGAGGUACCGGGGGCAUGGGGGGCACCGGGGGCACUCAGGGGCACUGGGGAUACUGGGGGCAGUGGGGAUACUGGGGGCCACAUGCCCAAGAUCUACCAGGCCCUGCUGGUGUCGGCCACCCUGAACCCCGAGCUGGAGGCGCUGCAGGAGCUGGUGCUGCACAACCCCGUGCAGGUGGUGCCCCCCGAGCCGCGGCUGCCGGGCCGUUCCCAGCUGCAGCAGUUCCAGCUGCGCUGUGGCACCGAGGAGGACAAGUUCCUGCUGCUGGCGGCGCUGCUGAAGCUGCGGCUGCUGCGGGGCCGCGCGCUGCUCUUCGUGGGCAGCCUGGCCCGGGCCUUCCGCCUCAAACUCUUCCUGGAGCAGUUCGGGAUCGCCGCCUGCGCCCUCAACCCGCAGCUGCCCGCCCGCUCCCGGUGCCACGUCAUCGCCCAGUUUAACCGGGGUCUCUACGAUUACAUCGUGGCCACCGACGAGGAGGGGCCGGCGGAGCCCCCCAGACACCGCCCGCGCAAGGGGGGCACGGCCAGGAAGGGUGACAAGAAGGGGGACAGGAAGGGACAGCCGCCCCAGUGUCCCCAGGACCCCGAGUUCGGGGUCUCCCGUGGCAUCGACUUCCAGAACGUCGCCGCCGUCAUCAACUUCGAUGUCCCCAACUCCGUGGAGACCUACAUCCACCGCGUGGGCAGGACGGCGCGUGGGGACAGCCCUGGCACGGCGCUGACGCUGGCACUGCCCGACGAGCUGGAGGGGCUGCGGCGCAUCGAGGACACGCUGGCAGCAGAGAACGGGCAGUCCAUGCUGCAGCCCUACGAGUUCCGCAUGGAGGAGAUCGAGACGCUGCGGUACCGCUGCAGGGACGCCAUGCGUGCUGUCACCAAGCAGGCCGUGCGCGAGGCGCGGCUGCGGGAGCUGCGCCAGGAGCUGCUCAACUGCGAGAAGCUCAAGGUGUAUUUUGAGGACAAUCCCCGGGACCUGCAGGCGCUGAGGCACGACCGGCCCCUGCACCCGGCCAGCGUGCAGCCCCACCUGGGCCACGUGCCCGACUACCUGGUGCCCCCCAGUCUGCGCGGCAUCGCCGACCCCAACCCCAAAAAGAGGAAAUGUCCCCGAGGGGCCGGGGCCCGGCGGGGGGGGAGCAAGCCCCGCUCCGGGAAUCCCCUGCAGAGCUUCAGGUUCACCCGGCGAGGGAGCAAACGGGGGGCAGCGGGCACCCCCUGAGCCUGGGGCACCCCCUGAGUGCCUGGGGGCACCCCCUGAGCCUGGCACGGUGGGGACAGCUGGGGGCACCCCCUGAGCCUGGGGCACCCCCUGAGUGCCUGGGGGGCCCCCUGAGCCACCUGGGGGCACCUGGGCACCCCAUCACCCCCUGGGGACCCACCUGUGUCAUCCUGUGCCACCCUGGGGCCAUCCCGUGCCCCCCCCCGGGGGUUGGUGACAAUAAAGGUGCCAAGGAGCCUCUCCAGUGUCCCCCGGUGUCCCUUGGUGGCUGCGUGACGGGGCCGGGCCGGGCACGGUGCCAGGCAGGGCCGGGGACACGGCGGGG